AUGCACCCCGAGGCCGCGGAGCCCGCCGCGGACGGCGCUCAGGAGCCCCCCCGAGUGGAAGAGUCGGCAGGCGACCACCCGGAUGCCGGCCAAGGGGUCCGCAAGGAAGAUAUUAGUGAUCCUAAGGAAAUAGGCGUGGGACCUUCUGAUACCGUGUUCCAAAGCCAGAACCAGCACAGCGGUGACAGCGGCUCCGACAGUCACCUCACACACACAACAGACGACAGGGACGAUCGGGGGCCCAGAAUGACUAAACAUUUCCUGCAAAAACUCUGCAAACAGCACAAGCUCUACCUGACGCCUGCGUUGAAUGACACUCUGUAUUUGCACUUUAAAGGCUUUGACCGCAUUGAGAACCUGGAGGAGUACACAGGCCUGCGUUGCCUCUGGCUGGAGUGUAACGGGAUCCGGAAAAUCGAGAACCUGCACGCCCAAACCGAGCUGCGCUGCCUUUUCCUGCAAGUGAACUUGCUCCGUAAGAUCGAGAACCUGGAGCCGCUGCAGAAGCUGGACGCGCUCAACCUCAGCAACAAUUACAUCAAGACCAUCGAAAACCUCUCCUGCCUCCCUGUGCUGAACACACUGCAGAUGGCCCACAACCACCUGGAGACGGUGGAUGACAUUCGCCACCUAAAGGACUGCGCGAGACUUUGUGUCCUUGACCUUUCGCACAACAGGCUGAGUGACCCCGAGAUCCUGAGUGUCCUCGAGACCAUGCCCAACUUGCGUGUGCUGAAUUUGAUGGGAAACACAGUGAUCAGACAGAUCCCUUACUACCGCAGGACGGUCACCGUCCGGCUGAAGCACCUGACGUACCUGGAUGACAGGCCAGUGUUUCCCAAGGACAGGGCUUGCGCCGAGGCCUGGGCCCGCGGCGGGCUCGCUGCCGAGAAGGAGGAAAGGCUGCAGUGGGAGACUAGGGAGCGGAAGAAGAUCCUGGACAGCCUGGAGGCCUUGGCCAUGAUCAAGCACCGGGCUGAGGAGCGGAGAAGGGACAAGGAAGGCCAGGAGAGAGGCCGCCCCAGUGCAGGGGACGGGGAAGGGCCGCGAGGGCCCCCCACGGAGGGAGAGAGACAGCGGAAGAUGGAAAGCUUUGAGGCCCGGGAGGAGCUGCCCGAGCAGGAGCCGGCGGGGAGCCGGCCAGCCCCGGCCCCGGGGGGAGCUGCGCCCCAAGGGGGGAAGCAAGCCGGGAGCACUGACCCACCCCACCCCGGUCCCCCAGAGUCCGCGCCCGCGGUGCCCGCCGCCGACGGCGCCUCGGCCGAGACCCCGGAGGCCCAGGAGAAGCUCUUCGUGGACGACCUGCCCGACUUGGAAGACGUGGACGGCGCAGAAGCAUCUCCGGAGGAGCAGGUGGAGCAAUCUUGCUUUCCAAAAAUCGAGGCCAUCUCCGGCGCGAGCGAUGACAGCAAGCCCGAGCUGGACCCCACGUACACGGGCGGCCUGACCGGCAUCUUCACACUCUCGAAGAGCCCCUCCAGGGAGACUGGGCAGCCCUUCGCAGGCAUAUUUAAGGAAGUGACAAGCGACCAGAUCCAAAGUCAGACCACCACCACCACCACCUCAGGGCCGCUCAUUCAGGAGCUCGGUGACCCCGGGCCCUCGGGCCAACCACCCCCUUCCUGCAGGGCAGACCCCGCACCCACCCCUUCCAAAGAGGCCAGGGACAGCCACCCGCCUGCAGCCUCCCCACCAGGUGACAGAACGGAAAGGCACGAGGCAUGGUCUGUGGCCAAGCUCAGCGCAGGGACAGGCCGAGAGGACAUUGAGUUUGGCUUGGACUGA